AGGCAGCAGUGGAAGACGGGAUGAGAUGCUGGGAGGGUGGGCCGUGGCAGAGGCAGCAGUGGAAGACGCAAGGAGAGCAGAGGAAGCAGAGGAGGUGGUGAGGAGGGAAGCGGAGCUCUUGGGUGGUGACUAUGGUGUGAGUGUGCCCCAUGUGCUGCCUGCAGUGGUGUGUGCUGGGCUCAUGGAUGGGUGGGUGGCACAGGGCCAAGCUGACCCCGGCCCCUCCCACUGUCGCGCCCUCCCCCUGCCCGUCGCGCCCUCCCCCCUGACCGUCGCGCCCUCCCCCUGCCCGUCGCGCCCUCCCCCUGCCCGUCGCGCCCUCCCCCUCCCCGUCGCGUCGCCACCCCUCCCCUUCCCCUCCCCGUCGCGUCGCCUCCCCUCCUCCUGCCCGUCGUGUUCGCCUCCCCUCCUCCUGCCCGUCGCGUCGCCUCCUUUCCCCCUGCCCGUCGCGUCGCCUCCCUUCCCCCUGCCCGUCGCGUCGCCUCCCCUUCCCCUCCCCGUCGCGUCGCCUCCCCUCCUCCUGCCCGUCGCGUUCGCCUCCCCUCCUCCUGCCCGUCGCGUCGCCUCCCUUCCCCCUGCCCGUCGCGUCGCCUCCCCUCCUCCUGCCCGUCGCGUCGCCUCCCCUCCUCCUGCCCGUCACGUUCGCCUCCCCUUCCCCUGCCCGUCGCGUCGCCUCCCUUCCCCCUGCCCGUCGCGUCGCCCUCCCCUCCCAAUCCCGUCGCCCUCCCUUGCCCGUCGCGUCAACCUCCCCUCCCCGCCCAUUUCUCACCGUCAGAUCCUCCUCCCGCCCAUUUUCACCGUCGCAUUCGGCCUCCCCGCCCCUCUCUCACUAUUCAUCACCUUAGCCCCACCACCGCCUUGUGCGCGGGGCCCUCCCCAGCUCUGCUGA